AGUCACCCCAUUUGACAUGUCAGGACAAUUCCACCUAAACCCUCACAGUAAAAGAUCGAGGUCAAUCCAUCCCUUUCGAGUCUUGUCAUACCACUCCAAAAAGACAAUUUUUUGUCCCUCUCUCUAUCUCUCUAACCCUGCCAUUGUCGUUGAGUGACCUGAGCGCGAAAACAUGUCGUUACUCAUAGAGACUCGGACCCACCAAAAUUCUCUGGUAAGCAGAUCGAAAUGUAAUCGGCAGACCAACCAGGCCCGAUGUUCAAUAUAAAAACCAUGAUCGAAUGUGGUAGGUUCUCGAGACAGGAAUUCCUUUCAUACAUCCAACCAUCAUCAAAAAGGUACAAGUGAAUAUAUUGGUAGUGUCCACCUUACCUCGCCUCCAAUCUUGACUUUACAAACAACAUCUCGAAGCACAACCCCUGAAAAACAACAACACAAACCAUUUCCACCACAAUGAUUUCGGAAACCGCUCCAGCUGUUCGAACCCACCAGCACGGUAACGAGGGCAUAUCGGGCGUCAAAGACAACGCCUUCAUAUCGUUCUACAACGACUGUGACGUGAGCGAACUCUUGUUCAAGGAGCCGGCCUUCAACCACGGGUACUUGCCUCUGGAACCAGAAUCGCAACAACAGUCGACCGGGCAGUCCCGGCCCAUCCCAUUCAAGGCCACGAGGAGACCGACGGACCACAUGAACACCGGGACCACACCCCCGACAACCAUCACAGAGAAGAAGACAAACGUGGUGGACCCUUCGCCUUUGAAAUCCUCCACGAAGGCCGGUGCAGAACAGAACCAAAAGAAAUCCUACGAAAAGGAACGGAGACCCAGUUUCGUCGAGGUCUCCGUCCCCCACGUUCACCACGAAGAGCAGCACCACCCCCAUCACCUUCACAGGCGACACUCGUCCGAAACCCACCUCCCCAUGAGUUGGUGGCCAGAGGACGAGACUUGCGCCCAACACCUCUGGGUCGAACACACCGAGUGCGCCGAGGGGGACGACGUCUCCGCGGAUGAAGAAGAGGAUGCCAUCGAGGAAGCCUUUUACGCCUCGUACGAUUGAGAGAUGCCUGACAAGGAUCGAGUUGAAGUGAUGAAUCGAUGAAUUUUUUUGGGUCUUCUUUCCCACCUCGGUGGCCUCGGUGGCAGUGACGUCCGGACUUGGGAGCUACCGGAUCAAGAGGUCACAAUGGUUCCAGGAAGAUUGAGAAUGACAUGUGACGAUGAAAUUGAUGAACUUUUGGGAAUACUGUGUACAUAUACUUGGCUUGUAUUGAAGUUGAGAGGCGGAAUCUUGACCCUAUACCUCGAACCAGUUGAGGAUAAUCCACUAUGAUGAUUCUUUCUUACA